GUCUGGUUGAAUUUUUUUCUUCAACCAAUCAGAUUAAAGAAGUAAUAUUAGCAGGCGGGGUUUCUACUGUUUUCUUCCGGGACGCCGCUGUCACCAAAAAUGGCUUCUCUUGACAGAGUAAAAGUAUUAGUUUUAGGAGAUUCUGGGGUUGGCAAGUCUUCCUUGGUCCACCUGCUAUGUCAGAAUCAGGUGUUAGGGAAUCCAUCAUGGACUGUUGGUUGUUCUGUGGAUGUACGGGUCCAAGACUAUAAGGAGGGAACCCCAGAGGAGAAAACCUACUACAUUGAACUCUGGGAUGUCGGAGGAUCUGUUGGUAGUGCCAGCAGUGUCAAAAGCACCAGAGCAGUCUUCUACAAUUCAGUUAAUGGAAUUAUGUUGGUACAUGAUUUAACAAAUAAGAAAUCCUCUCAAAAUCUCUACCGCUGGUCACUGGAAGCUUUAAACAAGGAUUCUUCUCCAACUGGAGUUAUUGUCUCAAACGGUGACUAUGAUAGAGAGCAGUUUGCAGAGAACCCAGUACCUUUGCUGCUGAUUGGCACAAAGUUUGACCAGAUCCCAGAAAACAAACGCAGUGAAGUUCUCACUCGGACGGCCUUCCUGUCUGAAGACUUCAAUGCAGAGGAGAUCAAUCUCGACUGCACCAACCCGAGAUAUCUCGCUGCCGGCACAUCAAAUGCAGUGAAGCUUAGCAGGUUUUUUGACAAGGUAAUAGAGAAGAGAUAUUUCACAAGAGAUUCAAGUCAGAUGACUGGGUUCACAGACAGGAAGCGGUUCAACUUCAAGAGUUUGCAUUAUGACUGAAAGCUAGUGGUCUGUGGUUUGAUUAUUUUGAACUUUCACAGCUCAAGUAAACCAUCACACCCAGUGACACGCUCUGUACCUGCCCCUCCACCCACUCUUUUUUUUUUUUCACUGCUCUUCAAUUUCAAAGGCUUCUGAUCAAUUUUUUUUUCAUCUGACUUUAUAUAAGCACUUAAAAUUGUGCUGCUAAAAAUAAAAGAAUAUAAAGCUUGGUGUGUACAUGUUUGCACAGGAAUUUUGCAGAAGUGAGCUGAACACACUUUAGAGAUGAUGAGACAAGCUAUAGCAAGAUGAUGUGAAAAGAAGUAGGCAGUAAACAGAUGCCGUAAAUGUGAGAUGCUGUGCUGAACGUCAAAACACCAACUUUUAAAUGACAGAUUUUUUUUCCACAUCUAAAGCUUCUUUAAUUCUUUCUUGAAAGUAAGACCUAAACCAGUAAUGCAUCCAUUUUAUGCAUCCAGUGGAGAAAGGGCAAUAUUCUUGGCCUCUUGAAUAGACUCUCAGGCAACAUUUCCCAAUCUCUGCAUCUCUUUCUUAAUCCAAGGGAUAAAGAAGGGGACUUUAGUGAAGACAUGGGGAUAUUUGGGAUCAUUACAGUCCUUUUGGUAGGUGUAAGCUGUGAUACCCUGAGGCUUGGUGUUGCAGAUAAGCGGUCCACCAGAAUCACCCUAUGGAAAGGCAACAGAUAGACUGAAAAUGAGUAGUCUGUUUAUAAGAAAAAAAAAAAAAAUAAAAGCAGAUUACACUCAGUUUUCUCCAUGUUUGCAGGAUUGUUGAUGUAUUAUGUUGGAUAUAAUGGUUGAAAUACAUGAUUUUGAUUUA